AUUAAAUUGAGAAUUAGAAAGACAACUCCCCUCUUCCUUCAGUCACAAUCAUUCUCUCUUUGCUUUUCUCUCUCCUCACCAUUUCCUCUUUACGUCUCUUUUUUCUCCUAAUUCAACCCAACUCUGCUAAAGAAGAACAGGGAGAAAUUCAGAGAAAAGGAAAGCUUUUCGGCUUCGGUUUCGUAAGAAAGAUUUUCGGAAAGUAGGCGAAAAUGAGCAACGAAUAUGAUUAUUUGUUCAAGCUGCUGUUGAUCGGUGAUUCUUCUGUCGGCAAGUCUUGUCUUCUUCUCAGAUUUGCCGAUGACUCCUAUGUGGACAGUUACAUUAGCACAAUUGGAGUUGAUUUCAAAAUUAGGACAGUGGAGCAGGAUGGAAAGACUAUCAAGCUGCAAAUUUGGGAUACUGCAGGCCAGGAGCGUUUUCGGACUAUAACCAGCAGCUACUAUCGAGGGGCCCAUGGAAUCAUUAUUGUCUAUGAUGUUACGGAGAUGGAGAGCUUCAACAAUGUGAAGCAAUGGCUGAAUGAGAUUGACAGAUACGCUAAUGACAGUGUGUGCAAGCUUCUGGUUGGAAACAAAUGCGAUUUGGUGGAAAACAAGGUUGUCGAUACUCAGACAGCAAAGGCAUUUGCAGAUGAGCUUGGGAUUCCUUUUCUUGAGACCAGUGCUAAAGACUCCAUCAAUGUGGAGCAGGCUUUCUUAACUAUGGCUGGAGAAAUUAAGAAAAAGAUGGGUAAUCAGCCACCUGCUGAUAAGAAGGCAAGAGGAACCGUCCCCCUGGAGGGGCAGCCAAUUGAACAGAAGGGCAACUGUUGUAGUUAA